GACAGCUCAGCUGCGGAGGUGUCCGAGGGCUGGUGUCUCGACGUGCCAUAUCAGAUGACAGCCACGUUGAGAGCCGAUAGCUCGAUAGCGCGAUUUAAAGGGGUUAGUGUGUCGCAGACAGGCGGCUAGUUGAGCUGUUGAAGGCUAGUCGCGGUAUCCGAUAAGAGCACCGUGUCUCUGCUCGACUCGACUCAAUGUCUUGCGAGCAAUCACAUUGACCUCGAUUUCUUUCUCUUUCGCGUACAACAAGGCGACGACACCACACCACACCACACCACACGAUGCGCUCAUCACUCGCCUUGUUGGCGGCCGCCGCCGUCCAGCCGGCCCUCUCCUGGGGCAAUGUUGGCCACCGCACUGUCGGCUACCUGGCCGAGAAGUACCUAACGGACGAGGCCGCCGCCGUCUUCGGAGAGCUCCUCGCCAACGACCGCAACUACGACAUCUCCGACGCUGCCACGUGGGCCGACACGCUCCGGGGCCACAUGGGCUGGGCGAGCAAGUAUCACUACGUCAAUCCCCGCGAUGACCCUCCCCGCCUCUGCGGCAUGAAGUAUCCCCAAGACUGCCCGUCCAGCGGCUGCGUCAUCUCCGCCAUCCAGAACUACACCUCCCAGAUCCUCGACACCUCCCUCCCGCACAUCAACCGCAAGAACGCGACCAUGUUCGUUAUCCACUUCCUCGGCGACAUCCACCAGCCCCUACAUGCCACCGGCCUCCUCCGCGGCGGCAACGAUAUCCGCCCCGUCUGCUGGCGCCGCCAGCCGCGCGACGGCGUCUGCACGGGCCCGAUGAGCCUGCACUCGGUCUGGGACACACAGAUGCCGCACCGCAUCCGCGGUUUGCCGCCGCAUCUGAGCCCGUCGGACGAGAAAAAGGCCGCCGCGGCGUGGGCAGCGGACCUGCACGUCCGCCAGGCCGCGGCCGGUAUCGACGCCUCGCCAGCUCAGCAGUGCAUCGAUCUCGACACGGGGGCAUGCGCAGCCGCUUGGGCGGGCGAAUCUAACGCGCUCGUGUGCUCACAUGUGCUGCGGCCCGGGCUGACGUUUCUCAAGGGCAACGACCUGAGCGAGAAGUACUACGACGACAACUGGGAGGUGGUGGAGGAGGUCAUCGGGCAGGCCGGCGUGAGGUUAGGCGCCUGGCUCAACGCCAUUGCUGAGAGGCUGGUCCGUGAGGAGGCGCCCAAGUUUGAGGACCUCUGAUACACAGUCGAGGGGCUAUAUAGCGGGGCUACUGGCCGUAACACACAGGUCGAGACUCUGUACAGGAUAGCAACACCACACUUAGUCCAAAUGCCUAUUAUCCUGUGCCUAACUUAGGAUUAAAAAUAUGCAUAGAUAUCUAUAUAGAUUUCCCCUCUAUAAUACCUAUGGAUACAAUAGAGAGCAAAAGGCGAGGGCCUCCUUAAGCCCCGGGCGAAUAACGGCUGUCUAGUGGGCA